AUGUCAGCCAAUGUCAUCACAUUAAAUGUGGGAGGAAAAAUAUUUGCAACUACUGCUGGAACAUUGCGUGAAGCUACAAAACUGUCCCAAUUUGUGAAAGACUCGAGCUCGCUUCUGGAGGAUGGCGACGAUAGCAAAAGGACUGAAACACUUUUCAUUGAUAGAGAUCCUACAUAUUUCGCAAUGUUAUUAAAAUAUCUGCGUGAUGGUAAAGUGCGGCUUUCCAUGUGUGCCAAAGAUAUUGAGGGACUUAGAGAAGAAGCAGAGGCUCGUCUUAUUCAACCAUCAAUUAUUUUGUGCAACAGUUAA